GUUGGAGUAAUUUUUUGGGAAAUACACCAUUUUGGUGUGAUAAAUGGUGCUUGUUGGAGUUGGUCUUAGCCGCCGCCCACUCCGAUUACUACCGCUCCCUCCGGAGACCCGACUCCGCCCUGGUUUCCUUCUGCGCCAGGGAAUCUUUCUCCAUCUCUGACAUGACACCCUCAGUUUUCCUCCAAACUCCUUCCUCCGCUUCCGCCACCUUCCUACCCGCCGCUGGUGCACAUCCCUUCACCAUCUCCGUCCAUUCACCAAACCGAAUAACCACCGCAACGAUACUUCUCCCACUCUCAUUCUCCCUCAGUCGACAACUCUCUCCUCCCAACGCCACUAGCAGUUCUGGCUACCGCAACCCUGCUAGAAAAAACCCACCAUGAAACUCCCCCACAUCCUCUCCGAUUCCAGCCUCCCCACCACACCGACCAACAACAAUUUCUUUGACCACCCAUGCACCACGGCUAAUGAUCCCUCACUAGCUUCCUUCGACAGGAAUUGGGAAAAUUUCCGCCCUCCUUCACCCCCAACAUCUGAGUACUUCAAAUAGCUCCAUAAAUACCUCAAAUUUUCCUAAGAGUAGUACGGUUAGGGUUUUGUUUUGCUGAUCGAUGAGAUGGCUUUUAUUUGCCUAAUGUGUUAGCCAAAGUUCUAUAGAGAAAUACGAGUAUGCAUCUUACAUAGCUAUUAGAAGAGUAUUGCUUGGAACAAGGAGUAUAGGUAUUAGAAGAGUUAUACGAGUAUAUGUUAGUUAUCAUAGGUACCAAUCAGUUAAUUGAAUAGUAUUUCAACUUUAUAUGUCAUGUUGACAUUUUAUGCAGCAAUUUAUAGUAACUAGUGCUAGUGCUGAUAAAUCAGUCCAGAUUUGGGAUGUAUCAACAUGAGCAUGUAAUCCCACUCUGAAAGACCUUGAUGACAAGGCAAAUUUAUUCUUAUAAG